UCUUCCGCUUCCAUCCCUCCCACCCUUUCGCUCAUCGCUCUGUAUUUUGUAUUUCGCCCAAUUGGUUAUCACACCUCCCACGCCUUGCUUUUCCUUCGACACCGUUCUCGACUUUUAUCCCCUCCUUGACUCGACCCAUUAUGAAGUCAACUGUUUUCUCUUGAGGUUCACACUCGACCAUCAUCACCAUGAGCGCAGCGACUAUUACCGCCGAUACAACAACUUAUCCCACCAAUAUUAAUGUUAGACCACCUCUGUCGCAAAAAGUCCAGGCAUUACUCCACUGGGUCGCGAGAACUCUAUCCUUUCGAAAACUUCUUCGAAACAUCCGUCUGCUGAUUCUGGCCCUGGCGUUUGUGUCUCUGAUCCUAGAUGCGAUUACUAUAUCCUUUGGGAUCAACGUUAUGGGCUUGUCCCUGAGCGAUGUAUCGACAGAGAUGGCCUUUUUGCUCACACCGGAUUUGCUUGCGAUGAUGAUGGCGUUUGUGCUGUUGGUCUAUUCGUCCAAGGCGGCGUGUUGCUGUUGUUUCCAAGUUACUCCGGAGGAUCAUGAGGAGGAGAAUGAAGAUGGAGGUGGGCCCGAGUCGGUUGACGGUAUCGAGCCGGAGGAGCGGAGGCAAAGGGGUGUGGUCGAUGGAAAUUUUCCGGAGAGGAUAUCACCCUCUUCAGGAAUCCACUCCCGCACAACGACUAUUACACCAAGGAUUGCUAUUACCGCCCCACCGGAUAACGAUCCUUCCACGACCUAUACAGAACCAACGCAUGCUCAGGAUGCUCAAGAGCACAGACGACGACCGACCUCUACAGACCUAUCCUUCAUCCAAUCCUCACCUUCAAUACCCCCACCAUCAUCAUUCACCACCACUACUACCUCUAACAACAAGAAAACUUGGAGCCGGCGGCGGCUAUGGUCCUACAUCGUUUUCCGGAUCCUAUUCAGCUUAGGCCUCGCAGCCCUGGCGCUCUACUGGCCCGCCCGCCAGCUUUCUCCGCCGAUGGGAUACCUCCCCAACAUGGGCAGCGACCCCAACGUGGAAGGUGGCCCAAACCAUGUUAACAACUAUGGUGACGAAUAUCGUAAUGGGACAUCCAUCAGAGGUGGCAACAACACAUCCCAAGGAUCAGGAGUGGGCAGCAGCACAACACUCGGCAACGACUCAUCCUACCCAUUCACGAACUACACUCGCGCCUCAGGGACUCAUCAUGACUAUGAUUCCCACCCCGGUCUAGGCCAUGGCUACGCCAACAACAACAGCAGCCCGGGGACCUCGGCCGGCGACAUGGACUCUGACGACUUCUCGCCUUGGUGCGCUUAUGAAAAAGCCUUUGGGGACAACCAAAGCGCCGUGGUCUACUGUCGAGCCAAAGAAAUUCGUCCCAUCGUGACAUACGUCGGGGCGAUCUUUGUCGUCAUCGAACUAUGUGUCGCCGCCAUGGCCGGGGAUUUUUCAGCUUCCAGAUCCAGAUCAGCAGGAUUAGGAUCCAAAAACGAAACUCCGGAAAGGAGUAUGGAGGAAGGUAGCGGCGCUGUGAUAGACAGGAGAACGAGGACUUCGUAUGAGGCAGUGGCUGUCGAAACAGAACCAGGCAUAGUCUUGGAAGUAGAUCGCGGUGCAGGAACCGAGUCCAGGGGAGGUUAUUCACGACGUUCAGGGAAGGCUGUUCUAACCACAGGAACUUCCAUUGGUUCGGAUCCACAACAAUAAUAAAAACCCCAUAGUAACGCCAAUAGAUAGGUCGCUUUGUCCAGGACUGACAAAGACGAGGAUCGAUAGUCCGCAUCCAUUGAGUUGGAUCGUUUCUUUCAACAAUACGAGAGUUUACCUUUUCCUGUCGUAGCAGUCAUUGAGAAAAGCAAUUAGUGGAUUGACAAUUGAGAUA